UCAGGGAUAGUUUGUGUGGUAACACCGACUCAGACACGUGCGCCAUAUUUACAACAUUUCUACAAAAUGAGCAUUCCAACUUUCAUUGAUAUUGAAAUAUCAGAUCAGACGAGUGAGUUGCGCGCAUACCUAAAGGAGUUGGGUGCGGAAAUAUCAGCGGAAAACACAGAAGAUGGCGUAAAAGAUCUAAGGCAGUGUAUCGAGGCCAGCAAUGUCUGCUGGAAGGAGGGCGGCCCCUCAGACUCUGAGAUAGAGAUGGUAUUUAACGGCCUAAUAUCAUUGUUGUUGAUGCAAACUGAGCAGAGUGAAGACCUCAUCCAGCUCUUCUGUAAAAAUGUCUCACAGUUCCCCAAGGGAGAUAAAAAGUGCAGUGUGCGCUUACGAAUUUUAUCGAACCUUUUCCACGGUUUGCCAGAGAAGUCUUCACAGAAGGCAGACGUGUACCUGAGCCUGCUCUUGCUAUCGAAGGAAGCCGACCUCGCAUCCAUGGUCAUCACAGACAUCACUCAGGUUAAGAAGUGGGUCUCUGAGUGGGACAUUGGAACGCAGAAAAUACAGAACAUUUAUCGGGCGCUGCACGAAACACUUAUAGCUUCGAGGAUCAGUGAGCAGGCGACCAAGGUAAUGAUAGAGCUUCUUGGGACAUACACAGAAGACAAUGCCUCUCAGGCCCGCGAUGAUGCACAGAGAUGUAUAGUUACCUGUUUAGAAGACCCAAACACGUUUCUACUUGACCAUUUGUUGACCUUAAAACCUGUCAAGUUUCUAGAGGGAGCUUUGAUACACGAUUUACUCACGAUAUUUGUGACGGGGAAAUUGUCCCAGUACCAGCAGUUCUACAAGAAUAACAAGGACUUCAUUCAAUCAUUGGGCCUUACCCACGAGGAGAACCUACGUAAGAUGCGCGUGCUGACAUUUAUGCAGAUGGGCGAGACGAAGAAGGACAUUGAUUACGAAAGUAUCCAAAAAGAGUUAGAGCUGAAUGAAGAUGAGGUGGAGGUCUUCAUCAUUGAAGUUGUGAAGACGAAGGCUGUGCAGGUGAAAAUUGACCAGAUGCAGCGGAAGGUAAUUAUCACGUCGACCACACACCGCACAUUCGGACGGCCCCACUGGCAGCUUCUGCACGCAAGUCUCAUUCGCUGGCAACAGAACCUGGCCAGUGUACAGACAAACCUCCGAGCCCUAGACAUCAUGCAGGCCCAGCAGGCCCAGACUGUCCAACAGUAGAAACGACCAUCCUCAAGCCACAUAAAAUACACGUGCGCAUCUAGCCAUCCACAGUGCACUUGUUUCACAUGAUCCGACGUGCAUUUAUAUCUCGGACAAGAUUUUUAAGUAUUUCCACUGAUUCUAGACUGAUGUAUUAUUUUAAUGAGUAUCUAGAAUUUUCUUACUUUGUUAUAUUUCUGGUAAUUGAUCAUUUUCUUUGUAAAUCUAAUUUUGAAUGCGAUAAAGUGAAGCUAUAUGACUGCUACAAACAGUUGGUCUGUCACCUGAGAUGACGUUAAGGGGGCAAAUGGAGUACUAGUGUAAUGUUUGUGUUGACUUUGACAGGAUACCAUUACCUGAAUAAUCUUCAUUCUCAAAAUAAACUUCUGUUCUGUACUAAGUCUAUACUAUACUAAAGGGUAGUAUGUGACAGUAAAACUUACCACACAUUGUAAAACCCUCAUUCUUUACUCGAAUUUAGUAAUAAUCAGUAGUUUUUACUUUAUUUAUUUGCUGGUAAGGCCUAAAAAAUUACAUUUGGUUCAGGUUACCCGACCCUACAAAAUAGCUGCCGGCCCUACCGUUGCUUAUGUCGUUUAAAACCAUUAAAGCUUUAUAAAUGAGAUUACUUUAACACCAUUCUCCAAUGAUGACAAUACCUGGUUUACAUAAAGUCAAAUAAAAUGAAAAAGCCCAACCGUACCUGUUUUUGAAAAAGAUUUAACUCUAAUCAAAGCAUUAUUUUUGGCUUGAUAUAUUUAAGGAAAAAACCUGAUUGUGCUUAACAUAGACAUAAGCUAAGUAUUUCAUUUGCCCCCUAUAUACAGUUCAAUAUCAUGGAUACAUUUAUAUAUUCUAAUGGUUAUUUAUUGAUUUCUGCCUUGUAUAUUUGUACAUGUAAGUGCUAGGAAUAAUUUCUCUGUGUUUGUAGUAAUUUUGUACAUUUUAACAAUAAAAAAUUCACAGCGGUACUUAAUUUAUACUGAAAAUAAAGAACUUGAACUGUAAAACAGUGUUCAAGGGUAGAUAAAUUGACUACGAGGAAAUUUUCAUGUGAAAUGUUAGUGAUCCUUUCUUAAUUUAAGUCAUCUUAAUAAAAGCUGUUACUGUAUUUAUUUCACAUGUAUUUUUUUCAUUCUAUUUAGAAAAAAAUCUCAAUAAAAUCAUGGUAAACUAGA